AUGGCAGAUCACAACCCAGCCAAGCACUUUGACGAACUCGCAAGCACGUACGAAGGUCUCAUCGGCCUCAUGACCGGCGACAUCGCGCGGCACAUUCUGUACGAGAUGUUGUUACCUGCGACGGGGGCAUCGGCGGCGGCGGCGAAAAACGAAACCGCUUCCGGCGCGGCCAUGGUCAUCCACGACAACGCCUGUGGCACGGGGCUCGUCACGCAGUACCUGCAAGACAUCGCCUCGAGAACGGGAUCGUAUCCCACGAUCCACGCGACCGACUUUGUCCCGGCCGUGGUGGACGUGACCCGGCGCAAGAGCGCGACGCUGGGGUGGAAGAACGUCGACGCGUCGGUCAUGGACUCGCAGGCGCUCACGUUCCCAGACGGCCUAUUCGACCUGAGCGUCACCAACUUUGGCAUCUUUUUCCUGCCGGAGCCGCAGAGGGGCGCCGACCACAUCUACCGCACGCUCAAGCCGGGCGGGACCGCCGUGGUCACGAGCUGGAAGGAACGGCGGCUGAUCCGACCGGACUCGAAGCCGCUGGGGGCCCCCUGGGAGGAGGAAUGGAGCAAGGAAGAAACGCUGCGGAGCGUCCUCGAGAAGGCUGGCUUCGAGGCCCGGAAGAUCCAAAUCGUCGAGAGGAGGACCGACGCCGUCUACGAGCCGUUCAUGCGGGAUGUGCACCUGGUCGCCAAAGCGUACGGCGCCGCGGUCAAAGAUUGGCCUGACGAAGACAAGGAGAGGCUGGGUCCCGAGAUGCUGAAGAUCCUGCAGGCGCGCGAAGACGGUCCGGCCGAAGGACUGUGUCACGUUGCGUAUAUUGCCAUUGCGAAGAAGUAG